CUCCAGGGGGACCGCGCGGAGAGGCUGCCGAGCCUGCAACCUGCCUUUAAAAGCCCCCCACACAAGAGCCGCCGCUCCGCACAGGCGAACCGGGGCGCCCGCGAUGAGGCCAGCCGCGUGCUCCUGGGGCCUGGGGCUCCUGCUGGCCGCCGCUCAGCUCUCCCGCCAGCAGCCGCCGCAACAGAGGCCUGCUUUUACAUGUGGAGGAAUUCUGUCUGGAGAGUCAGGGUUUAUUGGGAGUGAAGGAUUCCCUGGAGUUUACCCUCCAAACAGCAAAUGUACUUGGAAAAUCACAGUGCCUGAAGGAAAGGUGGUAGUUCUGUCUUUUAGAUAUAUAGACUUGGAAAGUGACAACUUGUGCAGAUAUGACUUUGUGGAUGUUUACAAUGGUCAUGCCAAUGGACAACGCCUGGGCAGGUUCUGUGGUACUUUCAAACCAGGUGCCCUUGUGGCCAAUGGCAAUAAGAUGUUGGUACAAAUGAUUUCAGAUGCCAAUACAGCUGGAAAUGGAUUCAUUGCUAUGUUUUCUGCAGCAGAACCACAUGAAAGAGGGGAUCAGUACUGUGGUGGACGACUAGACAAGCCUUCUGGGUCCUUUAAAACUCCUAAUUGGCCAGAUCGCGAUUACCCAGCAGGAGUCACUUGCUCAUGGCAUAUUGUAGCCCCAAAGAAUCAGGUCAUAGAGUUAAAGUUUGAGAAGUUUGAUGUGGAGAGAGAUAACUACUGCAGAUAUGAUUUUGUGGCAGUGUUUAAUGGCGGGGAAAUCAAUGAUGCUAAAAGAAUUGGGAAAUACUGUGGAGACAGUCCACCUGCGCCCAUUAUAUCUGAACGAAAUGAGUUGCUCAUUCAGUUCUUGUCUGAUUUAAGUUUAACUGCUGAUGGCUUUAUUGGUCACUAUAAAUUCAGAGCCAAAAAGUUACCCACAACCACAGUUCCAGCUACGACCACUCCCCCUGCAACAGCAACUUUGAAACCUACAGUUGCCAUUUGCCAGCAAAAAUGUAGAAGGAAUGGGACUCUUGAGAGCAAUUACUGUUCAAGUAACUUUGUAAUAACGGGAACUGUUAUCACAGCAGUCACGCGGGGCGGCAGCUUACAUGCAACAAUAUCAAUCAUAAAUGUAUAUAAGGAAGGAAAUUUAGCAAUCCAGCAAGCAGGCAAGAAUAUGAGUGCCAAGAUCAUUGUUGUUUGUAAGCAGUGCCCUCUCAUCAGGAGAGGUCUAAACUACAUCAUCAUGGGCCAGCUAGAAGAAGAUGGCAGAGGUAAAGUCCUGCCCAGCAACUUUAUCAUGAGUUUCAAGACUAAGAACCAAAAGAUCCUGAACACCUUGAAAAACAAACGAUGUUAAAAUGUGAAUCCUGUACUUGCAUUCUGUCAUCGCUUUGUGAGGAACAAUUUCCAUACAGUAAAAAAUCAGGAAGAUAAAAUUGACCAUAACCAAAAAGAUCUUGUCAGUCUAUUGUCCCUUACAUAUAACCAUGUAACUGGCACUGUCAAUUACAUAAAUAUAUAGAGGAGAAUAGAUCCCUAAUUUUAAACUGCAAGAUUUGCAGCAUAGCCAUCUGAUCUGAAGCAUACCAAAUUCUGACUCCUUUGAAGCUGUUAAUUUAUACUUGUCUCAGAAGGAUUUUUUUUAGGAAUGAGUUAUGUGCAGAUGUAAAAUAAGAAUAAGUGCAAUAUUUAUAGUAAUUCAUUUUAACUUAGCUUUUUCUUCUAAAGUUGUUUUAUUAUAUGGGUUCUUGCAUUAUUAUCUAUGCUUAAUAAAAUAUUUUAAAACCUCACAAUA